AUGAUGGUGGCAUCCGUCCGCAUCAUACGACCUCCCCUGGACAACAGUCAUUCUAAUGUAUCUUCGUCAGACCUCCCCCCCGUCAAGCCUUCGGCCAUUGCCCUCGGCACCAUCUUCAACCACACCGCUGAGCUUGCUAUCCUCAGCCCCCUCUUCGGCCAGACCUACCAGCGCGCGAAGGCUGCCAACUCCAAGGAGGAGUUCGCCAAGUCCAAGGAGGCUUCCUCCGCCGCCGUCGCCUGGGGCACCUCCCUCGUCGGUUCUGCCCUCCAGGCCUACGGUGUCGGUGCUCUCAUCAACGCCACUGGUACUCUGUCUUACAAGGGCGCUUCUUACCUCGGUGCCCUGAUCUUCGCCGCCACUGCCGCCCCUGGUUACAUCUCCGAGGUCUUCAUCGAGAAGCGUGCUCUUGACACCGUCGGCGUGAGCGUUCUUGCCAAGGUCUUUGAGACGGUUGGCCUGUCCGUCUUCCUGACCUGGUGGGGCACCCGCACCAACCCUUUCGAGUAA